AACAUUCGAUAGUGACGUAUUCGAUAAAUAUCCAAGAGGGCCGGGUUUGUUUACGUGUAAAAAUAUGUUAAAUUCAGAAAAAUAUUUUCCUCAUUAACAAUAAUGAAGUAAAAAAUGAAAAACUAUCAAUUACAGUCAUGAAUGUAAUGAGGUAGUAUAAUGUGUAAACGUUGUCUUUAUCGAUUAAUAGACACCUCUAACAAAAUACAUUGACGAAGAGAGGUUAUGUCCCAUGACAUAUGCAUAUAAACAUAUACUUUCUUCUAAUUAAAACAUUAUCUUUUAUUGAUAAAAAAUAAUUAUACAGAACAAUAGAAAAAUGAGGCCAGGAGGAAUGUUUGAUAUUUACGAGUUUGGAAAACGAAUUCGCCGAUUACUCGACGGCAAUUACUCGUAUCGAAAAAUUUUAGUGCUCUUAAUUAUUUUUGGAGCAAUUCUCCUCUAUCUUGGACCACCUUUUGCUCAAUGGCUUUUUUCAAGUAAUGGCAAACCCAUUGAAGCUUUUGAAGAUCAUUGUAUGAACGAAAGACUAGCUGGCUUUCAUGUCGAUAUUAUGGAUUACAAUGCAAAUGUUCUUCACGAUCCUCCGAAAGAAACGGAUCAUCAUUAUUUACCUUAUAUUGGAAAUGGUUUUAUUGGUGUUCCCAUUCUGCCGGAGGCAUGGUUUUACAUAAAGCACAAAAGAACGUUAUCUUUACCUGUUUAUUGGCAACCAUUAAUAACUGCUAUUUUACCAGAAAGUAGCUCUUAUCGAGAAGCUACUGUCACACAUUAUACCUCGGGUAUCGUUUAUAAAUAUCAGUGCCUUAGAGAUGGUUAUUAUAUAGUCUCCCAAUACUAUGCUCAUAGAAGUUUCGAUGGUAUCCUCGUUCAGGAUGUCAAAGUUGUUAAUCCCUCAGCAUUGUCACAGGAAGUUUUUCUAAAAUCUCAAACAUCAACACACUGGCCUGAUACUCAGAUUGAACCUAUUAAAAUUAUCUUGGAUGGAACAAUUUUUGAAUUCAAUUUGAUUUCGGGACAUGUGUCAUUACCCGAGACAAAUAAAAUUAUUGCUAUAUCAAUUGUUUAUAAAACACCGCCGAAGGUUAUUCAAGUGAAAGCGAGGGGUUCUUCGAGUUUUGAAUAUCUCACUAGUAUUAAGUUCAGUGAAGCUGUAAAUCCAGAACAAUAUCACGUUGAACGUGACAUAAUUCAGAAAAAGGCGAUAGAAGCAAUGAAAAAAGCUUUAAUACGACAAGCACGUGGAUUGAAGACCGAACACACUAAUCACUGGCAAAGUUACUGGUACACUGGCUUCAGAAUAAGUGAAUCAAAAGCAAAGGGCGCAAUCAAUGGUCAUAAAAUUAAUUCCACAUUGUACUAUGUCUUGUCGCAAGUGCCAAGAAGUAUUCCAGAUGUCGAGAAAGUAGUGUCAAAUAGUGAAGGUUGUUACAAAGGUCAUCACACAUUAAAUGCGCCGAAAUUGUGGGAAGACACUUCUUCGAUCGACCAGGUAAACGAUGUUGUUCAAGCAUGGCUAAUAACAUUAGAAAAACAAGGUUGUCAUCGUCUUACAACCGGAAGUCCCUCCGCCGUUCAACAAGCAAUCGUCCUUAGUUUAGGCAGCUUACGAUUUACCAAUCAACAUUUGGAAUUCAAUAUGGAACCUCAAUAUCUUCACCGCGACUAUUUAUUCAGGAGAAUAAGUUAUGGAAACAUUACACAUUUGAAUAUAUCGGUGUCUGUCAAUGAAGAUAAUCGAGCAAUUUUGGGAGUGACAAUAGAUCGCGGUGAUAGCGGUUUUUACGCGUGCGACGCUGGUUGUUUAGAUGAUCCAAUUUCCCUUAGUCAAACCUACACGAAUUUUCCAGUUAAAUUAACGCAACCGUUUACAUCUGUUCUUUAUAUUACAUCAGAUUAUCAACAUAUUCUCGAUCUCCGAAAGACUCUGCAUGUUCACACUAUUGAUGAAGCACCAGCUCAUGAUCAUCACGUAAUUGCGUUACACAAGCACGGACAUCAACUUGGAGGUUUACCAACAUUCUUUUGGGUAACUAUAGGCUUUUUAAUAGUCGUCUUUCAUCUCUUUCUCUGUAAGUUAAUGAUCACUGAAUAUCGGGGACAUCAAGAUCGACAAAAAGUCCGCUAUAAUAAACCAUAAUUCAGUAAACUAUGUAAAUAUUCAUUUCACUAAGAUGUACAUAUAUAUUUUUACGAAAAGAAAAAAAAUGGAGAACCAA